AUGGAGGACGAGACGGAGAAAGACCUGGUGGGGCUUGUUUUGUCAGAACUUGAAAUGUCCAGGGAAUAUAUUAGGAGCAAAUUUAAAGGUACAGGAAAGGAGUGCAAAGGUGAAACAGGAGGUAGGAACCAACCAGGGGGAGAACCCAGCGAGGUUUACAAAAACUACAACAAGAUACUGACCUGCAUUGAGGACAAAAUUGCGUUUUAUAAAAAUUUGAUCCAGGUGGACGAAGCAAAAAGGGGACACGCUGAAAAGGGGGACGAUCGCCUCACUGGGGAAAAGCGCCCGACUGAGCAGCGCUACCAUAGGACCGCGACAGGAAGGGACAACUUUUUCGAAGAAUACGAAAAAAACAAAUCCAGUCUGUAUAAAAUGAAGAAGAAAGCCAUUGUAGGGUACACCGCGGAAGGCAAUGCGAUAAUUAUAAACAAUGAUAGAUUUUGCAAAAUGUUCACUAAUUAUAAUUUGGCUAGUGAUCGGAAGAAUGGGAUGACAGGUGCGCAAUCGCAUGGGACCCACCAGGGAGGGGACGACUUAAGCGAACUCUCCUGCUCAAGCUCGAGCGUGGUUUCGCUACACAGUUUUGUAAAAAGUGAGAGGGCUAAACGGAUAAGAAGCAACAGGAAAGCGUACGUAAGGCAUAAAUAUCAUGAUAAUGCAUUUGUUAACCACAAAUUGUAUCCCUGCAGUGACUGCUCGUCCAGUUCGUUCAGCUGGUACAGUGACGACUAUGACGAUCUGUUCUAUUACUCCAAUUUGUUGAAGGAGGACAAACGGUUGAGAAAGCGUCGCGUGGGGAAAGCGGCAGGGGAGGAGGAUAAGAAGAAGGACAAGAAGAAGGAUACUCAACAGUGUAACCAGAAGAAGCAGGAAGAAAAACACAACAAUCAGAUCGAGCGUGAUGCCGCAAAUGAAUCCCCCUUCUACAACUACAUAUACUUCAAGUUUGCUGAAAAGGACCAAAGGAAUGCCUACCCCGUUUUUAUAAACACCAUAAAUGGAAAAAAAAAAAUGUAUAAUUUAAAAAAAAUUUGCAGAAUUACACAGAAAAAGAAUUACAGCCCUCUUGAUGAAAAUAAGUAUGAAUUAGAUGCCACACUAUUCAGUUACAAACAGUGCAAGUUACUUCCAUCCGUUAAGAAUGAAACGAAGAAGAAAGGAAAUCAGCUCGUGGAAAUGCACAGAAACGACGUGUUGAAGAGAAAGCACUUCGAGUCUGAUGAGAUAAACUACGCAAUAGACAAAAUUAUACAUCAGCUUGGAAAAAUCUCCAGCUCCCAAAAAGAAGACAAAAGGAAGUUCAACCAUUCUGACCACUUCAACAACAUUCUUAACAAAAAUAGGGAGUUCCUAAAACGGGAAAAGAAUUUUACCUUCCAGAAGUUAUGCAAAACGGAGAAGAUAAGGCUAAAAGUAAAGAUCAUCGGAACUGAUGGGAAGGAAAUAAAAAACAAGAGCCUCGACAAUGUUCUAAUCAACAAGAACAAAACCUUCGGCGAUUUGGCCACACACCUGGGUCACUCGUUCAAGCUACCCAAGGACAAAAUAGAAAACAUCAAAAUGUAUUUCGACGGAGAUUUAUGCGAUAAGGGCCUUACAUUUGACAAUGUGGAACUGGGACUGGAAGAUGGCUUCCAAAUAGACGUGAAGUUCCCACUAUCCGACGAUAACGCUAAUAAGGAAGACGAAGAAAACCUCAGUGAUGACAACUAUGUGCUCUACCUACCUGACUCGUACGUCAUUGAUUAA